CACACUACGUUCUAAUAAUAAUUCUAUCCCACAAACAACAAAAUCAAACCUGCUUUAUUUCGCUGUUACAAAAAAUUCAAUAUGUAUUCUCUCCUCUCUCUCUUUUUCCCCCUUGUGCUUUGUUUGUUUCCAUUUCUGGUGGAAAAUUUGCAAGUUCAUCACUGUACUUUCGAUUGAUGGUGGGAAUGUAGAGGGACCAUUUUUGCAUGUGGGAAGGCCAAAGUCUAUAAAGCUACACAUAUAUAUGAUACAGUCAUGAGACUUGGAGAAUGAACUUGGUUGAAAGAUAGUUAUGACCCAAGUCACAGUUCUAGUACUAUUUCAUGUAAGCUAUUCCAAAUAGGGUAGCUAUACGGUUCGGUCCGGUUAAAUUGAACCAAAUUGAUUCGGUCCCAGUCCGAUCUUUUCGGGAAUAUAAGGACCAAAGAUUGGAUUGGAUACAGUCCGGUCUUGAUUCGGUCCGGUCCCAAUUUUAUCUUGAUUUUAGGUGUUCUCUUAUCCGGUCUUUAUCCGGUUUUUAUACCUCAAAUCUAAGCCCAAAUAUGAGAUUGCAUUGUUUGCUAUCCGGUCCCAGUCUGGUCCCGAUCCGAGUUAUACGGUCCGAUUUCGGGUAAAUCCAAACAGUUCGGGACCAAAUAGCCAGCCCUAAUUCCAAACUGGGUGACCUCUUUGUAUUAAAUUCGACUAACCAAUUGUUUCAACUAAAACUGGUACUAUAUAAUAAAUGACAGUUGGUGGAUAACUGAGAUUCUUCUCUUAGGACGAAGAGAGAAGUAGCUUUUAGAAACAAAUUUAGACCAAAAGGGGAAGAAAGAAAGAGCAGUCAUCCAUCAGAGGAAUGCUCAAUUCUCAAAUUCAAAGAUGUGAUACAAGAUGGAAGACAUAAGGUACAACAAUAUCACCAAAACAAAGCUCCUAGAUGUACUCUUUCCUUUUCCUCGUGCUACAUGGAUUGUUUUCUACGCAAAUCAACAUGUAUGAGAAAAAAGAGAGAGAGGAGCCCUAAGAGGACAAUUGCCCCUUUCUUUUCCCUCCUCAUUUUGCUCCUCUUGUUUCUUUCUUUUAGCCUUUGGAAAGCAACUCGAUGGAAGGGUGACUUAAGUGAACUAAACCCAUAUGGGUUACGUGACCUAAUCCAUGCUAAUAGGACACUUUGCCCCCAAUAAACAACUUCUUGGCCUCAUUAGUUGUGGCAAAGGAUUACAUAAAUGGGGAAGAGUCUUACAACUUUCGUUUGGGAGCUUUCAUUCCAUAUCGGUGCUAAGGGGACACUUGCAAGGAACAACUUUGCUUCAUUAGUUUCGGCAAAGAGAAAAUGAUUAAAUUUCUUUGAAACUUCACUUUCGCUUCAAACGCGUUUUAUUUGAAAAUGGUUCAACCGUACUAUUUUGGUAAUGAUAGAAAUUGGCAUUCGGAAGGAAGAUGCCACAUUUCGCUCCCUUUUUCCUCUUUUACUUGCCGUUUGAUUGUCAUGUUGAUGAAUAAGGAUUAAUACGAGCUGGCAUGGUUGAAUAAUUUCGUUUUCCUUGUAAUAAUGCUUUCACCGUUCAACGAUACGAUCGAUCCAACGGUGUCGGCAUGACAUGAUGCCUUGAUCAUCUAGGGGAGGUAGUUGGUGGAGAUGGGAAAGGAGGGAGGUGAAAAGGCCACAGAACCCAUUUGACAUUUGUGGGAUUUUGUUGAAACAACUUUUGUCAGGAAUAGUCUGAUUGGAGAGGGAGAGGGAGAGGGUGAAGAAGAGGAGAGGCGAAAUAUGCCAUUUCAUGUUCUUAACAGGAUUCACAUGUGAUGUGUGGACAGCAAUGGAUGAUGGAAGCUCAUAAUAACAAACAACAGUAAACAACAAUUUUAGGAAACAACAAAGUUGGUGUCUUUUCUUUCUACUACUGAAUGCUGAUCAAUGAAGGAGGUGCAGAUGGAGAUGGUGAAUGGUCCUCCUCCCUGUUAAAAAGGUGAAUGGUGAAGGGUGUUAUGUAACGUGACAAUAUGACGAGAGAACUUUGUAGCUGCUGAAAUCUAGGCCAACUUUGCCAUUGUCAUCUUCCUGGUCCAUCCUUGCUUCCAGUCCCCAGCUAGCCCUGAUUUAUGUGCGCUUUUGUCUUGUUUUCUGUUUGUUUCCCUAGAAAUCUGGACGCGAUACAUCCGCGUCCAUCCAUGGCUGUUCUGUUCUGCUGCUUCAUUAUACAAAAGAAAGACAUGCAUUCCCUUACCUGCUGCUGCUGCUGCUGAAGUGAGAGAGAAAGAGAGACAGAGAGAGAGAGAGGGUCCCUUUACUUCUGCACACUACUCAAUUAUUUUUGUUCCCAUUUCUACCUCACUUUGGAUCUUUCCUCACUCGAAGAAAGUAACAAAAGAAUGGUGGACCAUUGGUGGUGGUGGUGGUGGGAAAAAUGGUACGGUGAAAAACAUGGAAAAGCAAACAACUUUCCCACACCGUUCCAUAUUGGUUACCUAUUACAGUGCUCCUCUUCCCUUGCCUAGAUUCCACAGUUGGUUCAGAUAUUUUCUUUCCCUCAACGUCAUGUUCGCCGGUGUUCGAGAGACUCAUCAUCGAUCGAGCAUUGUUCCGGGCGCUCCGAACGAGAACUGGCUGGCGACUGGAAUGGGUAGUCAUAGGUUCCCUAGAGAGAGAGAGAUUCAGUAGCCAUGAGGUGAGAUGCAAAGAGGAAUGUGAACAGAUCAGCAAAGCAGGAUAUUGAAAUGUGAGCACACUGCCCUGGAAUCAAAGAUAAAGCAGAUAAGCCAUUCAACAUGCUUCAGAUGCAAGCAUCCUAAUGAGUAUCAAUUGCACACAACUUUUGGUAAAUAUAGUUGGAAGGAUAAAAAAGAAAGCAAUGCAUUUCAAUAUAAAGUUGCACACAAAUAUUGAAGAUUCCCAGGUUUUGUCUCCUUCAAUUCUAAACUUGGAUGGGAAAUAUUCCAUCCAUGUAGCUCUUUUUGGAUGUUUUCUCAAAGAGAAAAAAAGAAGGAAAUCAGAAGCUAUGGCUGUAGACUCUAGUUGCUUCCAAUGCUACACCACCUUUCUUUUUCUUGCUUCUGAAUCUGCAGGCUCAGGUAUUCACACCAACAUCACAAAGAAUUUCUUUUGACAUCAUGAGAUUUCUAGUCAUAAGAAUGGAACAGAGAUAUACCAAAACAUCACCCUGAACACAACAGGAAACCCAAAAAGAGUAAGGCAGAACAAAGGGGAAAACACAAGGUAACCCCUAUACUUGAUCCCAUCAUCCAUCACCUCCACUUGAGAUCUUUGGAAUAAGUUCAGGGACUCUACCUGGGCAGUUAAAACACUGAUAUGGUUUAGUUCUAAAGCUUCUUCUAUACUUACUAGCUAUCUGACCCGCACUCCGUGGCGGGAAUAUUUGACAUUCUAUAUGUAGGUGGUUGCAUAGUCCAACUUAGAUGUUCACACAUUCUAUCAUAAGACAACUGAACAGUCUCCAAUAAAAUAUUUUCACUUUGUUGGUGCUUUAGAUAUGCAACUUCAGUGAACAAUGACAACUCAUCGAACGCAUUCUUGCAAGUGAUCCUAAUAUAAAAGAUAUAAAAGUGUGAAAGUAAGCUAAUUACUAAAUAUGGCUUCCAUUUGUGUAUUGCAAAAUCAAUCUUCGUCGCUACCAUAGUUUUUUUUUUAUUACCGUCGCUACCAUAGUUAAACAGAGAAGAGUAUGAGAUUGAUCCAAUAAAUGUAAUGAUAUAUUGUGCAAAAUCAAAACAUAUAAACUUU